UGAACUAAAGUCCCAGCCAACCAAGCUGAAGAGGCGAGAGAGCAGAGCAGAGUAGAGCACGGUACAGCCGAGGCGAGAGCAGAGCAAACCAGUAGCAGACAUGGAUUCCAAAUUGCUGCAUCCUUCCCUCUAUCCCAAUCACUGCUACCUCAGAAGGGCACGCCCUCUCUCAACCUCCCUCACCCGCCUCCGUCUCCAUCUUCUCCGAGCGACCAACGAGAAUGAAGUCGCAAGCACGGGUGACAAGCCCAGCGGUGACUCAGCUGCAUCAGCGGACACCGCAUCAGUCCCCGCGUCGCCGUCCCGGCCGCCGCCGACCACCCUCAACAUCAGGUACCGGCGACGGUCGCGGAACCAGGCCCGGCAGCAGAGCGUUAGGAAACCCCCGCCGAAGAAGGACUGGGAGUCCAUGACGCUGGGCGAGAAGGCGGUGGAGCUCUAUGUGGGGGAGAAGGGCGCCCUCUUCUGGCUCAACAAGUUCGCCUACGCCUCCAUCUUCAUCAUCGCCGGAGGGUGGAUCCUCUUCCGCUUCGUCGGCCCUUCCCUCGGCCUCUACCAGCUUGACUCUGCUCCUUUGCCCCCGUCCGCCAUUUUCAAAGGCUGACUAUAAGCCCUUUCAACUAUUAUCUCCUGUACUACUUUGUCUUCAUCAUAAUGAACAACAAGUUGCUUAAUUCUCA